GUCGUGCCUCCACCACUACCCCAGAGUAAUAACCACUACAUGAUGCACCCCUCACCCACUCCCCUGACUAGCAGGCAGCAGCAGUGUUGUGGCUGGCGGGGUGAGGCUAGGGUUGUAGUCGUCACCCUCGCCAUCACAUGAAACUCCUGUUGUCCAACAUUAUUUUGUGUGACACUGAAACAUGUAACCAGUGCCCCGUUUUGAAAAUUAUAUAUAAAGUCUCCAGUUUUGAAACACAUGGAGAGCUUAUAUGACCUCAAGGUUUGCCAGUGAAGGUGAAGGUAUUCUUUGUGAGUACGUGUGACCUUUGUCAUGAGUGAGGAAGAAUGUGAGGAGCAGCCACUGAUGGUGGACAGUGCCACUAACAUUGUUACCACCACCACCACCACCAGUCCUUCAUGUUGUGAUAAAGUGGCAAGCUUUCUGUCCGCCAUCACCAUAGAGCCCGCCGUCUUCCUCUAUGUCAUUGGCUUUGGUUUAGAUGUCGUCUUCAUAAAAAACUUGUGGGUGGACAAGACGUGUCUCUUUUACUUCAAUUUCAGCACAGAAAUAUGUUCCAAUUUGAACAGCGGCAGAUUCCCAGCAGAACAGGACAUGGUACAGCGUCAGGUGACUCGCUAUAAUGUGUACUGUGCUGUGAUACAGCACGUGCCUGCUGUAGUGGUGGUAAUGGUGUUGGGCGCCUGGAGUGACCUGCGGGACCGCCGCCUGCCCAUACUGGUGCCCAUGCUGGGUUACUUCCUUAUGGCGCUGGGUCUUACAGCCAACGCCUACUGGUGGCCACUACAGCCGGAAUUUCUUCUGAUAUGCUUCGUGCCAGUUGGUCUCACGGGAGCAACUACAGCGAUUUAUAUGAGCGUCUCGGCUUACAUUAGUGCAGACACAGAUGCCAGGGCGCGGACCACACGUAUAUCUGUAGUGAUGGUACUAGUACCAGUAGCUUCCACACUCGGCAGAGGUCUGGCACUCGUGCUGUUCAACCACAGCGGUUAUGGUUACCUGGCUGUGUUUGGCACACAAUCAGUGCUAUGUGUGGUUGCCAUCCUGUACGUACUGGUGCGGCUGAAGAAACUCCCUGGCGCUAUCGCCAUGGAGACGCCUGCCUCUGAGACUUCGGGAGUCCUGGAAGUACUGACUCCAGCUCGCCUGAAGAAGACGAUGAUGGUAGCCUGCAGAAGACGAGACAACGGUGUGAGAAGACACAUCUUCGCUCACAUCGCAGUCAUCUGGCUUCUUGUGUUCACUGCUGGUAAGAUAACUUGGCCUUUAAUAUGGGUGCUAUAA